AUGGAGAAAGCGAGAGGAGAGGAAGAAGUGAAGUACCGUGGUGUGAGAAAGAGACCAUGGGGUAAGUUUGGAGCAGAGAUUAGAGAUCCAACAAAACCUACUGGAAGACAAUGGUUGGGGACAUUUGACACUGCAGAAGAAGCAGCAAGAGCUUAUGAUCGUGCAGCCAUUGGUUUGAGGGGUGCUCUUGCGAUCCUUAAUUUUCCCGAUGAGUAUUGUUCUCAUCUUCCUUUUGUAUUGUCAAAUUCUUCUGCUAUGGUCAACAAUGGAAGCUCUUUGGAUAGGAAGGAAGUUAUAGAGUUCGAGUAUUUGGAUGACAAGGUGUUGGAGGAUCUUCUUGCGAUAGAAGAGAAGAGAAGGAAUGGAGAUUAG